AUGACAUCGAUAUUGAAAUGGGUAAGAGCAGCGACGAGAAGAUCGCCAUCCCCGCCAUUGCGGUUCCCCACGACGGGGUAUGAAUUAAUCAGCGAUGCUCAAGCACUUGACGAGGAGCAACUUGAGGGAUUCAAAAGGGGACUAUAUUGUCCUGUGAAUAUUGGAGAUAUAUUUAUGUCCAAGUACCAAGUCGUUGGGAAGCUUGGCUAUGGAGUGACGUCUACUGUCUGGUUGGCGCGUAAUCUACAAGCUCAUGAACACGUUUCCCUGACAGUCUAUACUCGUGAUGAAAAUCCACAGGAAGAAUUCGAAAUUUAUAGAGGUCUGAAGAAAGGCAACAAUUCUCAUCCCGGGUUUCCACAUAUUAGGACAGCUCUUGAGAUAUCCACGAUACCCCGUGUAGGCGGUGAUCAUACUUGUCCUGUUCAAAAACCAAUGUGGGAAAGCUUUAGAGAACUUAAAUAUCGUCUUCCAAAUCAUUGUUUUACGGAGAAAAUAUUGAAGGGUGCAUUGAAACAGUUGUUUUUAGCUUUGGAUUAUUUGCAUACGGAAUGUCAACUUGUUCAUACCAACAUCAAAGCAGACAACAUCCUAUCUGAAAUCGAGGAUAAAUCUAUUCUUGAUGCCUUUACAGAAGCGGAAAUGAAGAAUCCUUCGCCUCGCAAACUCGUCAACGAUGUCACUGUGUAUGCUUCAAGGAGGUUCGAUGUCCCAAGAAUCUUUGGUGAUUCAGUUUUGAGUGACUUCGGCUCAGCAGCUCGAGGUGAUUUGAAAAGGAAUCAUGGUGCUGGACCUCAAAUUUACAGGGCACCCGAAGUUAUGAUAAAAGCUGCUUGGAGUUAUCCUAUCGAUAUAUGGAAUGUGGGUGCAAUGAUUUGGGAUUUAUUCGAGGGCAAACAUAUGUUUUAUGCUCAAGAUUCUGAUGGAAAGGGCUAUGCUACUCGUGCUCAUCUAGCAGAGGUUAUUGGGAUGUUGGGUCCUCCUCCCUUGGAAUUUUUAGAAAGGGGUAUACGAACUCCUGAAUUCUUUGACAAACAAGGUCAGUGGAUAGCUGAGAUGCCUAUUGCAAAAGAUAUGGAAUUAGAGAAAUCAGAACUGCGUCUUCAGGGUAGGAAUAAGGAGAUGUUUUUAAAUAUGAUGCGUGGUAUGCUUCAGUGGCGACCGGAAGAUAGGAAGUCUGCUAGGCAAUUGGCUGACGAUCCUUGGAUUAAUGAGAUACACAUUACAUAA